AUGCCUGUUGGGUACGUCCAAAUUCCGGUGGGGAUCGCGGGUCCGUUGUUGCUCAAUGGGUUCGAGUAUUCGGUGUCGAUGGCGACUACAAAGGGUUGUUUGAUUGCGAAUACAAACAGAGCUUGCAAGGCUAUCCAUUUGUUUGGUGGGGCUACCAGCGUGUUGUUGAGGGACGGCAUGACCAGAGCACCGGUUGUGAGGUUUAAUUCCGCCAAGAGAGCUUCCGAGUUGAAGUUCUUCUUGGAGGACCCUGAAAAUUUCGAGACUCUUUCCAUCGUCUUUAACAGUUCACAGCUUCCUAUGUCAUUCUCUAGUACCAGUUUCAUGUUUUUCUACUAUAUGACAGGCAACUUUUGUUCGGACAAGAAACCUGUUGCUGUAAACUGGAUCGAAGGGCGUGGCAAAUCAGUUGUUUGCGAGGCAGUAAUCAACGAAGAGGUGGUGAAGAAGGUUUUGAAAACAAACAUCCAUGCUCUUGUAGAGCUUAACAUGCUUAAGAACCUUGCUGGCUCUGCCAUUGCUGGUGCUCUCGGUGGAUACAAUGCUCACACCAGCAACAUAGUAUCUGCAGUAUUUAUAGCCACAGGCCAAGAUCCAGCACAAAACAUAGAGAGCUCUCACUGCAUUACCAUGAUGGAAGUUAUCAACAAUGGCAAGGAUCUUCAUGUCUCUGUGACUAUGCCUACAAUUAAGGUGGGUACAGUAGGAGGUGGGACACAACUCGCUUCUCAAUCUGCAUGCCUAAACUUGCUUGGCGUGAAAGGUGCAAUCAAAGAGUCCCCAGGAGCUAACUCUAGACUACUGGCCACCGUUGUAGCCAGUUCGGUGUUAGCAGAAGUGGCAGCAUAUAGAAUGGUCUAUAUUGAAGUGAGCUAUCCCAUUUGAUAUUUCCAGAGCUAACGCACAGCAGCCAAAACUCUUUGUUGGUAUGAUCUUGAUUCUCAUCUUUGCUGAAG